GCCAGUUACAGAGCACAGUGCCAGACCAAGGUGCAAGCCGGCUGAGAAGGAAGUGGAGACUACCAGAGGGAAGGUGCUGAGGGGCCUGCCUCAUGGGGAACUGUUUGCAGAGGACAACCAGAUGGCAGCUGGACAUGCAGGAAACACCUUGGAAUCUGAGACUCAGUGCCAAGGGAAGAACAUGCAGAUACUUCAGGGGCUGGAGUUGUUGUCACAGCGUUGAAGGAUGCUCCUGCCUUCCUUGGAAAAACAUACGCACAUUUAAAGCCAGACAAGAGUCUCCAAAGCAAAAUGAAGGGAUGACUUCAGCUCCCGUUCAGGACAAUGCUAAUGAGACCUACACAGAAGAGUUGUGCUACAUCCUUGUUGAUCACGAAGCUGUCAGGGGAAGGCCAUCAGUGAACCCUGCUGAGGGGUUCUACGAGAACAUCUCUAACAAGGCUGAGAGACACAAAGAGUCUUCAAGAGGAACAGAGACUGAGUAUUCGGUUCUCCGUUUCCCUUCUCCCCCUCAGCCCCUACCUUCCACAGAUGAUGAAUAUGAACUUCUUAUGCCCAGCAGAUUCUCCUCACAUGCCUUUCAACAGCCACGGCCGCUUACAACCCCCUACGAGACACACUUUUCUUAUCCACAAUGAAGUGACUAGGGUGGAGUUUGUUUAGCACUGACAGAUAAAAGUAGGAGUUAGGGACUCUAGCUGAGGCAGCCAUAGGUCAGGGAGAUCCUUUGUUUAUUUCUUCUAGAGGCCCUUCGUAGGGCAGACUCUGCAAGCCUCUCAGAGUCUAACAAUAGUCAAAUACUCAAAAAUUAGACAACUGUCUUGCAUAUUGCAUUGAAAAAAGGAGUGACCACCUUUGUUUCUGAGUGGUGUUAAAAAUAAUCUGUGGCAGGAAGGGCUCCUGGUAUCUCCACUGGGGUGUACCACAAAAGGCUCUGCUCUUCUCAGUAAGUUCUUACAAAUUGUCCCCACAACUUUACUCUGCAGUCAGGGGAAGCUUACUCAUUGUGAUCCAGGACCCCGAGAGAAUUCCUCAUCACUGUUAAAUUCCAGCUUAGUACCACUUGCUAUGGAAACUGGCAAUAUUCCUUUUAUUCCAUGGGUCUAACAUUCGUCCUUUACACAGUGUCCUUGGCUUCAUGGUCCCCAUGACUUGGAAUUUCCUGUAUAGUCAUUAAUAUAAUUUUAAACUAUAUAUUUAAACUUUGAGUUUCUCAUCAGAAUUGUCUUUCUCCUAUGGUACAGGAAAACAUUCUCAGAACGUCUUCCACGGUAGGCAAGGGAUCAUCCAUGAAGAGACAGCUCAAAUGCUGCCACAUAAAUCUCAGUAGAACCACCACAAUGUCAGGAACUGACAAAGUGGAAAGUUUCUGGAAAGAUUUUAACCCCAUUAUCUUCUUUUUUACUGAGAGAAAACUGUUUGCCCCAUGUUACAGUAUCAGCAUUAGUGGCAGAACUUUAUUUUGGCUUCCAAGUCAGUGUUGCUGCUGAGUGUGCUAUCUGAUAGAGUAAAUGGUCCAGCAUGCAUGCAAUGUCCACAUGAGAGAACUAACACAUACCUUUUCUCUGUGAGCAUCCCUCUCUGACUUGAGUCUUUAUUUUCCACCACUGUUUUCUUUUGAAUUUCUGGAAUCAUUUCUAUGCUAAGUUAGCCAAUGAUGCACAACCUACUGACUGGCCCAAUCUAGCCCAUCACCUGUAUUUUUGUAGAUAAACGUUUAUUGAAACACAGCUGCACUGAUUUGUCUACAUACUAUCUAUGGUUGCUCAACCAUGGUAAAAUUGAUUUGUGACACAGACCGGAGGCUUUACAAAGCUAAAAAUAUCUGUAAUUUAACCUAUUCUAGAUAAUAAUUUUGUAGACCUCUGCUUUAAACAGUCACGGUUUGAGAUAAACUGGAGAGGAUUACAUUUGGUUAUUGACACACUCAUUAGGAGCAGAGAACAAUGAGCUGGCGGGAAAAUAUUAAACCACAAAGGAGAUAAGCAAGACUAAAACAAUUACUAGCAAAUGAGACUAUUUGUACAUUCACACCUGCAUCCGCAAGGUGUUGUUUUAUUUACCUCAUGGCCACUGUCCUAAUUUUAGGGAUGCUAAGAUGUCAAGAUGUUCGUUGAGGUGAGCUUGGGAGGGACUAUGUAUUUAAUUUCUAUUUUGUUAUCAAAGACGAAUAACUUUCUACUUAAAAUGCCCCACAGAGGUAGCUCAGUAGUAGGGUCCUUGCCUAGCAUGUACAAGACAGACAGACAGAGAGAGACAGAGACAGAGACAGACGGAGACAGAGAGAGACAGAGAGAGACAGAGAAAAUACAAAACAGGCCAAGUGCCCACUAAGAGUAAGUGCAGUGGCUUAAGGUCCGUUGGGUGACUUUGCUGAGACAUAAAGCAGUUGAUCACUUUCAGCUAAAGAGCCAACAAGAUCUCAGUACCUCGGUCUCCAUUAACUUCCUUUCUUUACAGAUAUCUUUCAUUUAGAAGCCUAAGUGUAGUGUUUGGCCAGAAGUCACUUGGGUCCAAAGGAUGUGUCAUUGAAGAUAAGAAAUGCUGUACAAAAUGUAACAUGUGGCUUGUGGGGGGAAAAGUGGGGGCCAGAGAUAGAUUUAAAUCUUUGUUUCCUUUUGCCCUCCUUUCAGCCCAAUCCACAAACUUAUAAGCUCAAUCUACUGCGUCCAUACAUUGGAUGGCUGCAUCUGAUAUGUAAUCAUCCAUUCUAGUUUGCUUUAGGAUGCUGGGAUAAAACACUGACCAAAAGCUAAUUGGAGAAGAAAGGGUUUACUUGACUUAUAGUCCAUCAUAGCAGGAGCUUGAGGUAGGUUCUGAAGUGGAGGUAAUGGAGAAAUGCUACUUAGUCUCCAUGACUCUCUUAGUUUUCUUUCUUAUACAACCGAGGGUCAUCAGAUCAAGGGGUGGCAACGCAGGGGAGUGGCCCUCCCACGUCAAUCAUAAAUCAAGACGAAGCCCCAAAGAAACACCCACAGGUCAAGCCAAUGGAGUAGAUUGCUAAACUGGUGUUCCUUCUUCCCAGGUAACUCAAUUUUGUGUUGUUGAUAAAAACAAAACAAAACAAAACAACCCUCGCCAUUAUAUCAUCUAUCAUAGACCCUGAGGAUAAAUGAUAGCAAAGAAUAGAGAGAAACAGACGCCUUUUAAAGCAUAUGGAAAAAGACAUGCUGCUGCAACAAGUGGUUAGAGUCCCCAAGUUCCCUCCAGCAAGACAGACAUCAAACAGAUGGCUCUAUGUUAGAACUCUGUGCUAAACCUUUGUGGCAGAAAGGCAGUGGAAAUAUUCCCAGUACGAUACAAUGAGCUGUAUUUGUUUGCAAUUCAUUAAUAAAGUAUUACCUGACCCCGAAAGCAAAUGCUU